AUUUUUUGGCGGUAAAGCGAGCAAGUGUAAAAGCGAAAGCCGACGCGAUGGAUAAGUACACCGUGAUUCAUGAAGGUUUUAUUGCAAAACUUUCAUUUUUUCCAGGAUUUAACAACAUACGCCAUGAUGCAUUGCCUAAAUAUAUGAAUAAUCUGAACGACAGACUUAAGUUAAUAAGUGAUGGUGUAUUUUUCAAUCCCAUAUUCCUUGCUGAGCCCCAAAUGAAGAGGGACUCCAUAUACACUCUCAAUAUUAGCGAGAUUUUACAACACACAGAGCCUUACGUACAUAAAAUAUUCGUGAUAUACCGCACAUGCCUGGACAAUGGCAGUCGGGUACUUGUCUACGCCCGCAGUUCCUUCCCAAAAGAGAAAGACACCGAUGAGACUGUAACAAGUGCAGAGGAUAUGUCGACUGGCAUCACCCAGGUGCUAGAGCAGUUAACCCCACAUUUAAGAAAAAAUGUAGUGGCUAUUGUAUCCGAUAGUUGCAUCAGGAAGUUGGCGGCUAUUGGCAAAAUGUGCAAAGUAUUGUCUUUCAAACCACCACCCCUCGUGUAUGACAAGAGUGAUCUCUAUACCACAUUCGCAAAGGAGUACGAUAUCUUCUGUUGUGGUAUGGUGGAUCACAUCAUGAGUACCACUUUCAAAAAGGACGCCAACAUUGGUCAGCAAAUGUCUGAAAUACGGGCAGCUUGCGCCUCUGUCAACAUGAAAACCUUGCCUAUUUAUUGGGCUUUUGUCGAGGCGAUUAAACUUACCGUAGAAAAUAUACUUCAGAUCAAGGACGAGGCUGAAUUGUUCUAUCUAAAUAAUCGAUGGAUGGACCUUAUUGCAAAUUCAAUUGCUGGCAUUAUGCCCGUUUUAACACUAGAAGAUUGUGCUAAGGGGGGUGGUCUCGUUAGUUAUAUUGUAUAUGAUUCAAUUCAAAAAUCGUAACAUAAAUGUAUAAUUCAAUUGCUUUCAAUAAAAAAUAGUACUUGAAUUUAAAUGAA